GCUUAUUUGCAGGGUAUUUUUUUGUAAUUGUUAUACAAUUAUUUUUCUUAUUUUUUGGCCAAUUUUGGGCUAUGUGUGCUCCUAGCCUUCUCUCUGUUUUUGUAAUAAAUGAAACAAAUUUGUAAAUCAAUUCAGCCGGGUCCAGUAUGUUUCCAUUAUGAUCCAUCAGUUUAAAGUCUGCACCGUACACUGUUUAUGAAUAAAUACAUAUCUUUAUAUAAAGUCCACGCUCUGCCCACGUGUCUCCAGCUCGUGCAGCACAGACGAUCUUUGAUGCUUCGUCAUCACUCGGUCGUGACGCCGGCUGAUGACCCAGACACGGUGCGACAGAGCAGCAGCGGCGGUGGAGAUGGCUGCGCCCACGGAGCGGAGCGGCGGAGGCGGCGGAGGCGGCGGAGGUUGUGCGGGGUGUCCGCGGACGGUGAGGCCUCGGUGGGGGCUGGCGGUGCUCCUGCUCUCCGUGUCCUGCCUGCCGGCGGUCAGCGCGCUGGUGGAGGGCCUCUACUGCGGCACCGAGGUCUGCUACGAUGUGCUCGGCGUCACCAGGGAGGCCACCAAGGCGGAGAUCGCCCGGGCUUACCGGCAGCUGGCCCGCCGGUACCACCCGGACCGGUUCAGGCUCGGGGAGCCGGGGAUGGAGGGGGAGACCCUGGAGUCCGCCCAGAGGAAGUUCCUGCUCAUCGCCACCGCGUACGAGACGUUAAAGGUCGGUACAAGCCCCCGUUAAAAAGACUCUUUAUUCUGUAUUAUUGUCUUCAUUAUUACAGCAGACACUUUAAUAAGG